AUGUUAUAUUCCGUGAUAGUUAUACUAUUAAUUUUCAAUGGAUACAACGAUGCUCGAAAACUUAUUGGCACUCAUAUAAUACUUCGUCAUGGCGAACGUACACCGAGUUAUUUAUAUCCAACAGAUCCUAAUGAUAGUCAUUUUUGGCCAAAUGGUCUUGGACAGUUGACUAUUCGAGGAAGAUUAGAACAUGUUACUUUAGGGCAGUAUAUUAGAGAACGUUAUUCGGAUUUACUUAAUUCUACUUAUGUAGCAUCUGAAAUUACAAUUCGAAGUUCAGAUUAUGAUCGAACACUUAUGUCAGCUUAUUCAAAUCUUGUUGGACUUUAUCCUUCAACAAAGAAUUUUGAAUUACCAGAAAGUUUUCUUCAUUCAAAUACUUGGCCUGAGUCAUUACCUUGGCAGCCAAUUCCUGUACAUACUGUUCCGAAACCUAUAGAUCAUUUGAUGGCUGUGAGUUCUUGUGGUCAAUAUGAAGAAUUAGUUGAAAUAUUAAGGAAAAGUUCAAGAAUUCAACGACUCAACGAUGAAUUUCGAGAUUUUUUUACGUUUCUUGAAAAACAUACAAAUCAAUCAAUUGCUGAUAUUUUUAUUGCAUGGGAUAUUGCUGAUACAAUCCUUAUUGAGGCCAUCUAUAAUGUAGCUCCUGCAUGGGUUACUCCAUCAAUUCUUCGACAACUUCGUCAAAUAUCCGAUCUAUGCUUUUAUCAUCUUUUAUAUUCAUAUCGAAUUAAUCGAUUACGUGGUGGACCAUUGAUUCGUGAUAUUUUGAACAAUAUUGAAAAAAUCACAACUAAUAACGAACAAGGACGAAAGGCCAAACUUUAUUUUGGACAUGAUAUAACAAUAUCGGCUAUUCUUGCUUUUCUUGAUGUUAACUACGUUCAUCAGCCACCAUUUGCCAGUGGAUUAUUUUUUGAUUUGUAUCAGCAAGAUGAUAAUUCGUACGCUAUUCAACUUGAAUAUUUAAAUAAAACAAAUAGUCAAGAUACACAGAUUAUUACAUUACCAGAAUGUUUGAAUGCAAUGUGUCCAUUGGAGAGAUUUAUUGAGUUGUACGAAGAAAAAUUACCAGGUGACAUGGAUAAAGAAUGUAAAUCAGCGAAAACCAAACGUACAUAUUCCCGUAUUCAUCAUGUUUCUUUUGUAUCCGAAUCAUGA